AUGGAAGUGGAUCCAAAACUCGCUCAUUUCGUUAGCAUCACAAUUAACGUCGCUGAUAAGAACGACUGGAUUCCAAACUUUGAAAGUGGAUCAUAUGAAUUCGAUGUUAAGGAAGACACUCUUCCGGGGACUAUUGUGGGACAAGUCAAUGCAUUUGAUCAGGAUAGAGAUGAUCCAAACAACCGUAUCCGGUACCGUCUCCUGUCUGCAGGUGGUCUGGAAGCCCAUUUCAAUGUGAACGCUAAGAGUGGAUUGAUCACUUUGGCAAGGCCUAUUGAUGCAUUCGCCGGGGAGAAGAUUACGUUGCGAAUCGAGGGAGCCGACAGUGGAAUGCCACCACUCUCCUCCACAACUACAGUACUCAUCAACGUGAUUGCCACAUCAUCUCACUUGAUUCCUGACGCAUCGCCUGUCUUGAAUACACCGAAUGAGGGAGAGUUGCAGUUCAGUUUGAGAAAUUAUACUGCUUCUGUAUCUGAAGCUGUCCGUCCACCCCAUUUGGUCCAAGUACUGUCAGUGAUGAAUAAACCAACAGAUACCAGAUUUAUCAUUUGUAAUAUUGUAUCUGGAAAUUAUCGUGGAGCAUUCGGAGUCACUGCUGGAAAUGAUGGAAAUUGUGAGCUGAGAACGCAGAUGGAGUUGGAUAGGGAGACUGUUGAGAGAUACCUCCUGAAUGUGACCGUAACCGCUGGAACUCACACCGACUAUGCACUUGUCUCGAUUACUGUACUGGAUGUGAAUGACAAUGUGCCUAGAUUUGUUUAUGAUUCGGAUCUCGGAUUGACCACUUACUUCGGAGCAGUUUCCUCCGUUGCCAAUUCGAGUUUAGAGUAA